AUGACAGUAUUCAUGCGUUUGGAUCUUAGGCUGAUGAGACUGAAAAAAGACAUCAUUCAUCAUCAGAACAAAUACCAACCAUCUCAACUUGACGCCAUCCUAACACAAAUCAAUAAUGUUUCUCAACAGCUCGCCGAUAUCCAUAAUAAUCUUGCUUUUACUCUUACUAGAGUCAGUAAAAUUGAAGCUGUGCUUAAUAUCUCUUCUAUAGAACAUUUGGGACAUAUAUGGGACAUAGUUGGGACAUAUAGUUGGGACAUAUAG